AUGGAUGGGCCAAGAAUGGUAAAGCUAAAGUCCGCCUUUGAGAAAAUGCUUUGCCAGCUGUUUGCAGAGGCACAGGUCGACGAGGCGGUAAAAGAGGACAUCCAGUCUCUUUUUACGCAGCUUCUCUUAAAGUACUCUAUCCCCAGCAAAUUGAACGAGCUGGACAGCCUUCUUCUGCGGCCGCCCAGCACGCUGUACGAUGUGACCUGCCCAAACGCGAUUUCGAAUAUCCUUUCUUCGUUUAUUGCGGAGCCAGCCUCGGCUCUGCACGAGUUUAUAGACGGAGAAAGCAAAAGCUCCCGCAAAGAGCUCUCAGAGCUAAAGGCGCAGGAAAAGGAGAUAGAUAAGUCUCUAGAGCACUACACGUCUGAAAUCCACAAGUGGCUUGAAAUGAGCGAAGGGUCCCUUGCAGAAAUUAAGAAACAAACACAAUAA